UGUGGGGACCACUUCCGGUGUGGUGGAGGAGGCUGCGGCGGCCGGUAACGGUGCUGGAUUGGUGCCGGCGGAGCUUUGUCACAGAACAAGAAGAAGCUAUGGUGUGCAUUCCUUGCAUUGUCAUUCCGGUCCUCCUCUGGGUCUACAAGAAAUUCCUGGAACCGUAUAUCUAUCCCAUUAUCGCACCUUUCAUUAAGCAUGUAUGGCCCAAGAAAGCUGCGCAGGAAAUGACAGCCACAAAACAAGGUCGAGAAGGCAGUGGUGGAAAUCCACAGGCACCUUCAGCCACAAAAAGAGAUCAGGAGGAUGAAUGUGGAAUUUAUAAAUUUGAAAGCAAUGGCGUUGCAAUUGGAAUUGCCACAAAGAGGUCCACAGAAGUUUGUGACAAGAAAAUGGAUUAAAGGAAUUAAAUCCUAAGGAUUUUAUUCCCUUGUGUCCAAUAUGAACUCAUGGUAUUUCUCCUCUCACUUUGAGACUUUUUUUCUUUGCAUGUUUUAGCUGAAUAAAACCCCUUAUCACUUACAGGAGAGAGUUUAUUUUGCCACAAAAAUGGCGGCUAGUACAUUUAUUAAUUUAAAAUGUUGGAAAACUGAAGUUUUUCUAUCUUCCUCACUGGAACUACUUUUCAUCUAUCACCUAUUUGAUGUGAUUGGAAUUUAUGUUUAAUAACUUAGGAAUAAAUAUAGCUUUGAAACGUAAAUGUAUCUUAGCAUCUUAAUUUUAUUAACUGCUAGUGUAAUCCUUCAGGCUUUCACCUUAAAAGCUAUGGCUGUUCUUGACCUUGCUUAAGAACUAUGGAUUGCAUUGUGGUGACAGAUGUGUCAUGGUUAAAUUAUGAAGAGUUUAGAUUUGUCAUGCCAAAUCUCUGGAUGAGCUAAAGGAGUUACGCUAUAUGUAAAAUUUACUUAACUUACUAAAAGCAGAAAGUCUUGAUAUGCUACUUCCAUUAAUCAUUUUCCUGGAAAUAUUGUGCGUUUCUUUCCUGAAGAGGAGCAGCAGAGGCACGAUGCAAGAGAAUUGUUGCCUUAUAUUCUGUUGCAGUGGUUUAGAAUGCUGUAGUUCUGUCUUCCAAGAAAAGCCCCACCCUCCAACUAAAAUCUCUUUAACAUGCUUGAGGAAUUUGAAUUAUAAUAAACCAGGAUUUUAUUUAAAAAUAAGUUGCUUCAUACAAGUGUACUUAGUCUUCUGAGCUAUAAAUAUAUAAAGCGAUAACAAAGUUUUUGAAAACCUGGAGACAGACCCCAGGCAGAAGAUCAUAAAACUACUGACUUCAUAAUAAAGACCAGCUUUGCCUCCUCCUGGGAAGAUGCAUUCUGUUACUGACCCGCAUCCCAAUUGUGAAGUGUUUUAGAUGUCCCUGUGCUUAGUAAGGAAUAAAAAUUAAUUCCUGCUUUGUCCUCUCUGCCAAAACAGAGUGCUCUUUAAAAGAUUCAAAACCAUUUCAGCAGUUUUAGAUUGUUAAGAUUUAUUUUCCCUAAAAUCCUACCUAAGAUAUGCCUAAAAAGGCUAUGCUAUUUUCCCAUUGUUUUUGACCUCUGUAUCAUUGGAUAUUUUGCCCACAUUGUUGCAACAAAUUGUACCCUUAUCAGCGAGAACUUCACCUGGUAAAAGGUGGGUGUAAUUUUUGCUGGGGUGGAUUGGGUUUUCUAAACCAAUCAACCUCCAUCUCACCCUAAACAAUAAGUUCCUCUCCUACCACUACUGUCACAGUUCAUGCUCUAAAUCUGAAAGCUGGGAGCUUUCUAAGGGUCUAGAAUCACCUUGCAAUGAGAAAGGAGUAAACUGCCUGAGAAAGUCACUCCCACGUAUUUCAAAUUGAAUCAGGGGAAGAAGGGGAAGCAGAGAUUAAAUGAUUUGCUAAGAAGUUGUUUGUUAAAAACAAUGCAUACAGCUUGCUCAACACUUAUUGUGCCUACCAAAGCAGGUUGAGAAGAUAGAAGACUAUUGAUAAAGGAAAGGAAUCUUAAACAAAGAUCCUGUUUUCGAACCUAAAACUAACUUAAACCAGACUUGAAGUUUGGACUUGGGCCAGGAACAUAAAGAGCAUGCGCAGGGAAGCAAGGUGAAAAGUUCAGAAUCAGGAAGACCCUUUACUUCAUCUCAGCGACCCCUGCCCACGACCACCAAAUGACACUGCACAAGCGCAACGCGGAUGUAAAUGACUUUUGGGCUCAUUGUAAUAUGAGGCGAGGCUAGGUAAUGAAUAUGUAUACGCGUAUUGGGAAACUUUAUGAAUAUGGAACUUGUAACCCAAUAUAUACCAAGCUGAAUGCAGCUGUCAGCACGCAUGACUUUGGAGGAACUAUCCCCCAUGCGUCCCAGUGCUGGAAUAAACAUACCUACUUUA